GGGGGGAGCGACCCGGGCGGGGGGGGCGGACGGGGGGAAAGUCACAAGUUAGUUCGUUAUAAUAUGUCAUCUCGUGUAUCAAUUGAUGAUCUUUUCGGCAAAGUCUCCCUCAUUGUUGACUCAAUGACUUGUUCAACCAUAUUUAAAUUCGUCGACGGCCCAUUCACUGAGGCGUUCUCAAAUGGCUACUGGCUUCUCUUAGAUGAACUCAAUCUCGCUCAAGAUACUGUUCUUCGAGCAAUCGAAUCGGCACUCGACACUGGUAUGCUGACAAUCCACAAUACAAGUUCAGCUCAAGAACCAAUUAUCGUUCAUCGAAGACACAAAGAUUUUCGACUAUUUGCUACUCAAAAUCCAAAUUCAGGCUUUUUCACAGGUAAGCGCGAACAACUAUCAGCUUCGUUUCUGUCUCGUUUUCGCCCAAUGAUAUUCAAACAAUUACCCGAUGAAGAAUGGCGCCAAAUUGUCGAAACUCGUUUAUUGCAAGGUUUUCCGAAUCAGGCCAAAAUUUUAUCUGAACACCUCGUCUGUCUGUUUAACUGUCAAAUCAAGAAAGCCCUAGAAGAAAAAAACUUUGACGAAAUCGGUCCAUAUACAGAAAUAACAAUUCGAGAACUUCUGAAAUGGAUCAACUUGUUGAUAUGGCAGAAAAAAAAUGGUCAAUGGCCAGAUGAUAUCGAAAAGCAAAAUGCUAUACUCAGUUUUGGCGCUUGGUGCGUCUACGGUGCGCGAUAUCGUCAUAAAGGUCGAGACCAAAUAAUGAAAAUUAUCACAGACUGUGGAUGGCCUUCUGCUUCUAUUUAUUCUGCAAAAUUCAAAUUCAAUCAACAAAAAGAUUAUUCAAUCAAUUUUGACGACAUCCAAUGUCCGGCUAGUGUUGACAUAAAAAUCGAUGAACCCAAACUCGAAUGGACUCGAAUAUUUCGAUUGGCAGGCCUUCAUUCAAUCGCGUUUAAUGAUGCUAUUUGGAAGAAAGUAUUUCAAGUUCAUACCGACAUUCGCCGUGCUAUUUUAACCGAAGCAUUUAUUUCAUCUCAUGGAAUCUAUCGAAUCGAUCAAGUCUGGCUCUGGGAAUGGUUAAUAUCAGCUGCUCGACCAUCAAAAAAUCUCCCAGAAUCCAAUGAACUCGCUCGCUGCGGUCUCAGUAUGUAUCAAUCUCGAUUUCGUCACACUGAAGCGCGUACUAUUGUUCAAUCAUGCUUCGAAAAAGUAUUUAACUUAAAAUUUGACACAAAUAUCCAACAUGCAUUGUCAUCAGCUCGACCUGAUCUUCCGUAUGUGCUCACAGAUCGAGUACUUGCCGUGCUUAAACAAGUAUGCUUUCACCUUCGCAUCAAACAACCUAUUCUUGUCACUGGAGGCGAAGCAUGCGGUAAAUCAGACCUUCUUCUCACCCUUGCUUGGCUUCAUGGCAAACGCAUCCAUCAACUCAACGUCACACCGGAAACUGAACCAUCGUCUCUGAUAGGUCAAUUAGUUCCCAAUGAUACACAUGAUGAAAAUGAUCCUGAUUAUGGUAAGAAAUUUAUCUGGCAACAUGGGGCUGUAACAAAAGCCUUUAUCAAUGGUGAUUGGGUUCUUCUUGACAAUUUGGCGACUGCCGAACCAUCUGUCUUGGAACGUCUCAAUCCAGUACUCGAACAAGAUCCAAUGCUCAUACUAACGGAACGGGGCGAUAUCAAUUCACUACCGAUGGAUUCUGAAUAUCAACUUGUAGCGACAAUGACACCACCCUCAACUCAACAACAAUCGUCAAUCAGUGGUGAAGCUACUGAACUUUCGCCUGCUCUCUACAAUCGAUUUGCUAUCGUUCACAUGGAAGAUAUGACUUUUGAUCAAACUUAUCCAUGCCAAGAAGAACUUGAUGAAUGCAAAGAAAAAGGUGUUCAAUGUGAAAAAGAACUUGACCAAUUGGCCCGUGCCCUCUUAUCCGACGAGACUGACUAUCGAUUGGCCGUCUCUCUUUGCAAACUCAUUAUGUCUUUCUACAAGAAUAACAAGCAGAACUUUCCAAAAUUCACUCUACGCAACGUUAUUCGUUUAUUCGAUAGUACUUACCUUCUACAUCAUCAAAACAAUGGAAAAUUGUCGUUUUCUUCGGCUCUUUGGACAGCUUUCCAUGUUACUAUUGCCAAUCAGAUCAAAGAUAUGCCAAAUAAGGGUGUUAAAAUUGAAAUCAUCGACAAAGUUAAACUGCUUCUUAGUAAAGAAUCGACCGAGCCUCAAUCACCGAAUUUUCUCGAAUCGAUAAAAGAAAGUCCUGAACAUAUUUUGACAAAAUCACGAAAGGAAUAUGCCGACGCUGUACUCGGCGCUGUGGCAUGCAACAUUCCUCUUCUUCUAGAAGGUCCGGCAGCUGUUGGCAAAACUGCGCUUAUCUCGUAUUUAUGCAAACAUAUGAAGACUGAUUCACCUACUGGUAAACGUCUCGAGCGAGUGAACAAUACAGACACGACAACAAUUCAAGAUUAUCUCGGCUCCUAUUUGCCUGGUAGCAAUGGUUUCAUAUUCCAAAAAGGUGCUCUCUAUUCGGCAAUGACUAACGGCUCUUGGUUUCUAGCCGAUGAAUUCAAUUUAGCUGAUCCUGCCGUAAUGAAUUUGCUCUUUCCAUUACUUGAAGGUAAAAAUUCGAUCACUAUCCCAUCUAGUGGCAAAAUUAUAUCCGCCAUACCCGGUUUUCAUUUUUUUGCCACUCAAAACGAUGCUUCCUAUGCCAAUCGUCAUCGAUUGCCUGAUUCUUUGCGUAAUCGAUUUCUUGAAAUUCAAUUUGGUGAUUUUCCCGAAAACGAACUCUCUCAAAUUAUUCAACAACGUGAAGAAAAAGGAAAAGCGAAGCCGACAUGCUUGAGUGAAAACAGUGCCAAGCAAAUUGCAAAGUUCUAUCAUCGUAUUCUUACUAGUUCAACACGAAUUACAUUCCGUGAAAUUGUCAAAUGGUUACAUCGUCAUUCAAUUUUCUCUCCCGACAAAGAAUUGUGGGUAACAGUUGGUGUUUCUCUUCUUUGUGCCAAAUAUUCUCAUAAAUCGAAUAUCCGAAAAGAGUUGAUCGGCAAUCUUAAUACUGUCUGGUUUCCUCCUCCUGUGGAGGUUCGCAAUACGUAUGUUACACUACCUGAAAUCGAAAUCAAGGUAAUCGACCAAAAUCAAGUUCGUUUUACAGAAGACGAACUUUCUGUUGAUUUUGGCCCAGUGAAACUGGAAACUAGCGAUCUUUGGAAUACUAACAACAGUCUUAAACCUCCAGAAACAUUUCAACGUUGUCUCAUUCGCAUUGCUCAUGCUGUCAAAGCACAUGAGCCGAUUCUCCUUGUCGGUCCAACAUCAUGUAAAUCUCUACUUGUCGAAACAUGGUCAUUGAUCACUGGCCGCUCGAAUGAACUAAUCAAAGUUCACUUAACACCAGACUCGGAAGCCGCUGAUCUCAUCGGAGAAAUUACGCCACAUUCAUUUCUCGAUCUCGUCAAACAAUUGCCCACGAUUGCUGAACGUGUUGUAUAUCGAGCACAAUGUCUCUAUCAUACAUCAAACGAUACACAUGAACUCUCCCAAGAAGCCAAACUUACACUGAACAAGUUAUUCAAACUGAUUCAGAAAGACUUACGAAAACAUAUAACUGAAUUCGAAUCAGAAUAUUCUAAAGAUGAGAAACGACGUGAACAAGAACCGGGCUUCGAUGAUCAAACAGUAAAUAUUGGGAAGAAAAUUAUAACAGUUUCAGUACCUGUCCAACCUUCCUUGAUGGGCGAUGAAGUCAAAAAUCUGAUCAGAUCAACAAAACAUGAGGAAGAUGUGGAUCUCCCUGAUGAUGAAAUCGGAACGCCAAUGGACGACUUCAAUCAGCCUCACUUUUCGAGCACAAUAUUUAGCAGGGAUAUGCCAGUGAGAGUGGAUGGCGAUGAAGGCGACAUGUAUGACGAUGGUUUGGAAUCAAAUGACGCGAGAAAAUCAUCUAAUAUUUUCAAUGAUGGUUUGGAAUUGAAUGAUAUUACAAUGUCAAGUAAUAUGUGUGAUGACGGUCCCGAAGACUUCAAAAUAAAAUCAUCAGUGGAAACAAUGGCUACAACUGCCGAUGUUGCUGUAAAAGACGAAACUGUUGAUGACGGUCUCUAUGAUGAUGGUCUCGAUAUACUGUCUUUUGUGUCAGAAAAAGAAGAAAAUAAAUCUCGAGCAAUGACAGAGGCAUCGAUUACUGAUGGCGAUCAGUUAAAUCUAUACGAUGACGGCCUUCCUAAGUCUUCACUUUCGGCAACAACUGUUAAUGACUCGACAACAAUGGCUCGUGAUGAUAAUUCAAAUAAAAAGCAUGUGAAUCAAACGGCAUUUCCAGAAACAUUAAUGGAUUGCGUCGAUAAUCUAUUACGUGAAUUUCAGCAUCUUUUCGAACACAAAUCAUUCGUUUCAUUCAAAAACGAUUCUACUCUACAUGAUUACUACUCACGCUUUCAAUCAAUAUGGGAAGGGCUUAUUGAUCCCAGUGUUGAUCGCACAGAACCCAUAUUUCUAUUUAACGAUGGAUCGGUAACGAAAGCUGCCAAACAUGGGGGAAUUCUCUUCCUUGAAGAUCUUGAUUUGCCUAGUCAAGCAGUCAUUGAACGGUUGAAUUCGAUGCUCGAACCAUCACCCACCUUCGCUUUGACCGAAAAUAUCACCAGUCAAACGAAUGAUAAGACCAAAGGUCAGUUGGACAUUCAACUUUCGCCUCACUUUCAAAUCUUUGCCAGUGUUCAUCAAGAACACGAAUAUCAGAUGCUCAAAUUGAGUCCAGCUACUCGAUCUCGAUUUACAGAAAUUCACGUUCCAGCUUAUACAGAAGACGAUAUGAAAUUGUUGAUCGAAAACGAACUAAUCAAACAUGGGACAGGAGAAGGUCAAGCCAAAACUUAUGCGACAGCCAUGUUCUCUUUGCGAGAAAAAGUUCGAGAAGAAGAUAAAAAACACCCACCGCAGAAGCUGACCAAUGACGUUCAACUUCUUUUUCGCUGGAUGGACUUCAUCUUCAAUCAUCACAAAGGCAUUUCUUUCGAAGAGCGAUUGAUUCUCGGUGCCCGAUUUUUUUACUUUGAUCUAUUGCCAAUGUCAGAACACCAGAGUAUCUUCGAUGAAUGGGCCAGUGAUCAAUAUAAAAAAUAUGGUAAUAUAUUUCAGCCUCCUAAUCAAAAUCACGGAGCACGUACUGUCGAAUCGAUUGCAAACAGUGGUAUCAAUACGAAUUUUCCAUUCGAAAUCGGUGGUGAUUAUAUUGCUCUUCGAUAUACCGGUGUGAGAUAUUCUUGGACCAGUGACCAAAACCUACCUACACUUGAUGAGCUCAAGAAUCGCUUUGUUGACAAUGUACAAACACCGACACUAAUCAUUCAAAUUGCUCGUAUCUUUGCAGCGACAUCAUCGAAAACACCUCUGCUUCUAGAAGGACCUCCAGGUAUUGGCAAGACGCAUGUUGUCAUGCAAGUUUGUAAAUUAUUGAGUAAAGACUGUGAACGAAUUAACAUGUCAGCGAACACUUCACUCGAUCAGUUGAUCGGCUGCAUAAUACCACGUUGUGUCAAUGGUCGACGUAUGUUCGAGUGGCAGGAUGGUAAAGUGUUAGAUGCCUUGAAGAAGAAACGUUGGAUAUUAUUCGACGAACUCAAUCUUGCAUCGCCAGAAGUACUUGA